ACAACGUUCACAAGAUUAGAGGGUUAAUAUUGAUUAACUUAAUUUGAUGUUUUCUGCUGUUAAAAGUCAACAAUUACCGAUCAAUUGGAAUAUGGUUUUACAUCAAACUCAUAAAUUGUUAACUAAAUUGUUAUUAAUUUCUUACCUUUUAGUCCGUAAAGUAUCAACAGUGAUUUACGAACCAACAUCAACAGAUCCAAAUCAUCAUCAACCUCAUUCAACAAGUAACAACAAUGCCAAUGAGGACAACAAUCAACAAUCAGCUCCCAGAAGUGAUAAUACAAAUGUUAAUCAUUUCGUUCACCAAUCAAAAUAUUAUUAUCAACCGGAUGAAAAUGUUUUCCAAUCUUCCAAUCAAAUGAUUAACUCUGGAAAAAUGAAUCGACCAGAAAAGUCGAAACGACCUGCGAGGCGAAUGUUGACCGAAAUGAUCUAUUACCCUCCAAUGAAACCCUAUUUCUCAUCUGAACCCGUUUCGAGAAAUUAUCUCCCACCAACUAAUCACGAUCGAGUUGACCCUUGGCCAAGUCCAUGGCCUAGUCCACCACACGAAGAGGAUCACGAUGACCUGGAGAAAACUUUUCUUCAUUACAUAUUCCCAACAAUUCUGGUAAUCGGUCUUGGAUCGUUAAUUAUUCCGAUAAUUGCUGUUUUCUUCAUCGCUUUCACCUACACCAAUAGUGGUUCUUGUAUUAAAUCAAAGAAUAAAUCAAUUAUCGACAAACGAGGUUCUCAUUUAAUUCCCAAUAUCCUCGAUUUGUUGGUCUCCGUUGAAAAGGCCUUUUCUCGAGGCGAAGCCGCUUAUAAGACCAAACUGAAAAAACUAAUACCCAACAAACAGCGAGAAUCAAGAUCAUCAUCAUCAUCAUCAUCAUUAUCAUCAUCGAAAUCAUCUCAAUGGAAAUUAAAAAACUCCAAACAAUCCUAAUUGUAUAUCGACAAAAUUAUAACAUAAAAUGUAACCUCUCAAUCUUUGCUUAUUUAUCUUUAAUUUAUGUUCACAAUUAACUUAUUACAAUGGAUAUUUGUAUCUCACAAUUAAUAUAUUAUAAUUUUCA